AUGAUACCAACAAGAAUUGAUGAUGAUCACGAACCUGAUGUAAUAGAUUUAACAGUACCCAAUUGUUAUUAUGGGUCACUUAAUUUUCCUAUUCGACCACCUACACCAUUUGCUGAUAAUUCUUUAUGGCCUGCGAGAGUGUCAGAAGAAAAUCAUACAAACGGAAUGAUUACUUGGUCAUCACCUACACUACAAACCAAUCUUGAUGAUAAAACUAAUCAUAAUCAUAAUACUCGCCUGUCACGGCAUCACUCUUCAUCAGUAUCACGAUCGAAUAGUACAUGGCGACGAACAAUAACUAAAUUUUUAAAGCGAACGAAAUCCAAUGAACAUAGAACAAACGUGUCUUCAAGAGUCUCUGAUGCACCACAUCCAUAUAAUUUUGGUGUCGGUGAAAUAACACGAACAGAUGUAACAACGCCACGUAGUAACGGUAAACGAGUUCAUUGGAUUGAUGAUGAUGAAAUGAUAUUAAAUUUAUGCCAUCGAUUUAUUGAGUAUUUAAAAUUAUGGGUACAAAAUAUGCUUGAUAAUAAAAAUGAAGAUAAGUAUUUAAAAAAUUGUCAAAUAACAUUAGAUGAACUUGACUCAUCGAUCGAUUGUCAAGAAAUUAGAAAAGCAUUUGAAGACAUUGUUGAAUCAGCUAAGCAACGAAACAAAACUCAAUUAAUUGAACAACAAAUCUAUAUUGAAAAUUUACUUUCACGUUCUGUGCUUUUAUCUUCGGCUUGA